GCUAAAACCACAAGUAAAUAGCAAAUGCAGCGAUGAGACGACAAAAACAAGUCAACUUUAAUCUCUCAAUCAUACUCUUUCUCACACUGUGCAGCACAUCAUGUCUGAGUGAAAAUAUUUUAAUGGUCACGAUGGGUGGCACAAAAUCACAUAAAAUUCCCUUUUGGGAAUUAGCAAAAGGAUUAAUUAAUCGCGGUCACAAUAUCACGUUCCUGAAUGGAUUUCCACCUGAUUUUCAUCUCGAUGGUUUAGUGGAAAUAACGCCGAGAAACCUUGUCGGAUAUAUUCAGAAUUAUACCAAUUGGGAUUUACUGGGAAGAAGAAUGAAGAACUUGCAACCAAUUCCAUUAUUUGACAUUUUUCGAUAUCCAGUUGAGGCAUGCGACGCAAUGCUGAACGAUCAUGAAACCAAAGAAUUACUCAACUCAACAUUUGAUUUGAUGAUAAUUGAUGGUGCUUAUCCAGAAUGUGCCUUAGGACUUCAAUACAUGUACAAUAUACCAUUCAUGUAUCUUAACACUGUCGGAUUUUAUACAUCUUCAAUAUCACGUUCUGGUUCUCCAACUCCAUUCAGCAUUACACCAAACUUUGCACUUGCAUUUACAGACAAUAUGACGUUCAUACAACGUGUUGCAAAUUCAGUCAUUCACACAUUCCUUCAGUUUGCUCAUGCGAUUGUAAUCAACGUACUGCAUACAGGCUUACGUAAAAAUCUUGAUGAUGAAAUUCCACACCCGUACGAUAUAUCAAAGAAUGUCAGCUUUAUAUUACAAAAUUCACAUUUCACCGUAUCAUAUCCGCGUGCUUUCAUGCCUAAUGUUGCAGAAGUUGCAUGCAUUCACUGCAGGCCCGCACAGCCUCUGCCAAAAGAUUUAGAAGAGUUUGUAAGCGGUGGAAAUGACGUAGGAUUUAUAUACGUUUCCAUGGGUACAUCAGUGAAAACAGCACCAGAUAGUUUACAAAAAUUAUUAGUACGUACGUUUGCAAAGCUACCUUAUCGAGUUCUAUGGAAAUAUGAAUCCACAACCAUACAAAAUGAUCUUCCGUCAAAUGUCAGAAUAUCUAGAUGGCUUCCACAACAGGAUAUUUUGGGACAUAAGAAACUUAAAGCGUUCAUCACACAUGGAGGAUUAUUAUCAAUGUACGAAAUGGUCUUUCAUGGAGCGCCUGGAGUUGUUGCUCCGGUCUUUUGUGAUCACGAUGCAAAUUCUGAAAAAGCCAAAAUUGAUGGCUACGCUUACAAAUUGUAUUUGGAAACUCUCACAACAGAACAAUUGCUUAAAGCAAUUCAUACUGUGAUACAUGAUCCUAGCUAUAGGAAAGAAGCAUUAUAUAGAAAAUCAUUGUUACGUGAUCAGAAAACUUCGCCACUUGAAACAGCAAUAUAUUGGACAGAAUAUGUUCUUCGUCACAAUGGAGCAUAUCAUCUUCAGACACCAGGAAGAAAUAUGGGAUUCAUGCAAUUCUAUUCGUUCGAUGUGAUAUGCUUCUUCAUUGGAAUGUUUGUAUUGAUUAAAUUAUUGGUCCGACGAUACAUAAUGAAAACAACCAGAACACAACCCACAAAACUGAAGAUGCAGUAGCUUUCUAUUCCUUAUCUCUCUUAAAACAUUUUGUUUUCCUUUCUUUCGCACAAGCAAGCAAUCGGGGUUAUUCAUGUGAAUUUGAAAACUGUCGAUGAUGACAAUGAUGAUAGGAAAUAAUAUUUUUUUUGGACUUUAACAUGUCAUUUCCAAUCAUGAAAUAUUUAUUUAUUAUUUUUUAAACGAUUGAGGACAAAAAAUUGGAAUUCUUCUUUAAAAAAUAAAAGCUUUCGAAUCAAUAAAAAAAUAUUAUUGAAAAU